UCCUAUCCCGAGGGGUUAAUUGGGGUCACUUCAAAUUCAGGAAGUUAACUGUCAAAAAUGGCCAGUGAUCAGGUGAGCCUGUAAGUUACGCCCUCGGCCGUGCAGAUGGUUGCCAAUUCUAGCCUCGUUGGUGGAGCUCGCUAGCACCAGAGGUUUUACAACGAACAUGAAGGCGACCCGCACCAAACACGGCCUACUGCGCGCCUGCGGCCUGUCUGCCUGUUUCAUCUUCCUGCUGUGCACCGGAGUCGUGGCCGGGCGGGAACUGGCCUCUCAUCACCGCACGAUGAAGCGCAGCCGUCGGAGCCAUCAGAGCGCCAAGCACAAAGGAGCCCACCACCGGCCGCUCACGGAAGAGCAGAAAGCGGACCAGAACCUGCAGUUCAUGUUGAAUUUGUACCGGAGCGCGGCCGAACCGGACGGCAGGCCCAAACAGCACCGCAAGUUCGGCUCCAACACGGUGCGUCUGCUGAGGCCGUCGGCGUCGUCGGUGUACUACCUGCCAGCGUCCAGAGACAACCACUACAGCUUCACAGUACAGUACAACCUUGACACUCUUCCCUCGGAGCAGUUGAUCAAAGCCUCUUUCGUCCACCUCAACUCUUCAUCCUCUUCCUCCUCCACCACAACCUCGAGCGCCACCCAGGCCCUCAAGCUGUCGCGCUGCAGGGCUCAGAUCAAGUCGCUGGGCAAAGAGAGCCUGGUCAACCUCGAGUCCCAUGAGCGGUGGACCGAGACGGACAUCACUGCGCACGUCCAGCAGGGGAAGAGCUCGGGCUCGGGGGCGCACCUGACCCUCACUGCCCAGUACUGGUGCACAGAGCCUUGGCGUGACGAAGAGGACGGCAGCCUCUCGUUGGGGUGGUGGUUUCAUCCUCGAGGGAGAAAAAGAUGGAGAGGUGAACCUCUUGAAGUCCCGUCUCUCCUUUUGUACCUGGAGGAGGAAAGGGAAGUAAAGGACUGGAUGGGGGACUUGCUGGGGGCCGAAGGGGAAGACAUCGUGAGGCGACUGGGGCAUUGGCAUCCUUCGGUACGCAGCCGCCGCUCCAAAGACCUUUCCUCUUCAGAGGCCAAAGACGCCUCGCUGGAUGUUCUGAGGAAUGCCCCCGCUCCCUCCUCCUCCUCCUCCUCCUCCUCCUCUUCUUUCUCCAUCUCCUCCUCUUCCCCCAUCAUCUCUGACAUCCCCAACUACAAACCCAAAACCAGCACGCCCAAGAACCGCUGCAAGCUCCACUCGUUUCGCCUCUCGUUCGACGAGCUCGGCUGGGGUCACUACUUCAUCGCUCCGCCGGUGUACAACCCGCGGUUCUGCCAGGGCAACUGCCCGAGGGUGCUCCCGUACGGCUUCCAUUCCCCCAACCACGCCAUCAUCCAGACGGUCAUCAACGACCUGGGGGUCGGGGACGUUCCCCCUCCGUCCUGCGUGCCUUACAAGUACAUGCCCAUGAGCGUGUUAGUCGUGCACAAGAAGAAGGUGGAGUACAGGGAGCUGGAGGACAUGGUGGCCGAGUCGUGCACGUGUCGCUAAAGACUCGAGCAGACUUGGAUAUGCUUAGCACUGAGAGACGAGACUAAAGGGGGGCAGAUCUGAUGGGUCGUUUGUUUGAUCUACGGCUUCGCGGCUAUAAAUGAGCUCGAGACGUGAAGGAGGGAGACUUUGUGGUUUCAGAUCUUCACCAUUCCUGUUAAAGCACUUUAAAAGGCAGCUGCUGAAUGUAAUUGGCCUGCGUGGCUGUGACUAUGGGUUGUGCAGACGAGAGGAUGUGUCUAUUUACUGAUCUU